GGGCUGGGUCGAUUCUUUUACUUCGAGUGAAUUGAGUGUGUUUACAACAAAAUUUCCAUCGAAUUACGACAAGAAAAGUUAAAAUAUCUCAAUGCUAUUCAUGAAUUGAUCCAAGUGUCAAAAAUAUUUUUGAAAAAUUUCUCGAAAAUAACAACAACAACAACAACACCCAUUUUGUAACAUAUACAUUCUACAUACUGUGUCAACAUAGAAAUACUCUUUGGAUUACUACUUUUCACUUUUUGACUCACGUAAGAUAGGAUGCCAGGAGAGAAAUCCGCCGCUGUAGAAGCGGCUCCGCAAAAGGAGACAAAAUCCAAGUCUUCGUCGGGAAAGGCAGCAGUUGCGCGUGUCACGUUACUCGAUGGAUCCCUGCUCGAAGUGACAAUCGAUCGCAAAGCCAAGGGACGUGAACUACUCGAAUCGAUUUGUUCGGGCUUAAACAUUCUCGAAAAGGACUAUUUUGGUCUUUUGUAUGCGACACCGACAGAUCCGCGUGUUUGGUUGGAUUUGGAACGUCCUGUGGCGAAAUUUUUCCGCACAGAUCCGUGGAACGUUGAAUUUGUCGUGAAAUUUUAUCCGCCAGAACCAGCACAAUUGCAAGAAGAUAUCACGCGGUAUCAUUUGUGUUUGCAAGUUCGUAAUGACAUCCUUGAUGGACGUCUCCCCUCAUCUUUCGUAACACAUGCCUUAUUAGGAUCGUAUUUGGUACAAUCAGAAUUAGGUGACUACGAUCCGCAAGAACACAAAGAUCGUUCGUACUUGAAAGAUUUCAAAUUCGCGCCGAAUCAAACGCCCGAACUCGAAGACAAAGUCCUUGACUUGCACAAAACUCACAAAGGUCAAACCCCGGCAGAAGCUGAGCUCCAUUACUUGGAAAAUGCGAAAAAACUCGCCUUCUAUGGCGUCGAUUUGCAUCCGGCGAAAGAUUCGGAAGGCGUCGACAUCAUGUUGGGCGUUUGUGCGUCGGGAAUUUUUGUGUAUCGCGAAAAGUUGCGUCAAAAUCGCUUCGCAUGGCCCAAAAUCCUGAAAAUCUCGUACAAACGGAACAAUUUCUACAUCAAAAUCCGCCCCGGAGAGUUUGAGCAGUACGAAUCGACAAUCGGUUUCAAGUUGGCAAAUCAUCGUGCCGCGAAGAAAUUAUGGAAGUCGUGCGUGGAACAUCACACAUUUUUCCGAUUGAUGGCGCCCGAGCCAACAAAUAAGGCAGGAUUGUUGCCACGAUUUGGAUCGAAAUAUCGUUAUUCGGGUCGUACUUUCUACGAGACGAAAAAGACGCCCGUUGAUCGUCCUGCGCCGAAAUUCGAACGAAGUCUUACGGGAAAACGACUUUCGAGUCGAAGCAUGGAUGUUUUGGCAUUGAAAAAGAAGGAAGAAGACGAAAACAAACGUCACACAAUGUCACAUCCGCCAGAUCAUAUUCCAGAUUUAGAUUCGCCGAAGCACGAUUCCCGCAGUCCCAUCAAGAAGGACAAGAAGGAACGCUUGAAGCGUGAAUCAAGUACGGGAACAGCUUCAGCGUCGUCUCAAUCUUCAAUUGAGGGAGAUUACGAUGCAGCAGCUGCUGCAGCUAAUAAUAAAUUAACAGAACAGCAGAAGCCCGUCGGAGGUGUUUCUGUGUUCCCUGUUGGCAAGAAAGACAAAGACAAGAAGGAAAAGACUCCGGAAAAGGAUUCAAAGAAGAAAGAUGAAUCCAAGGGAGAACCCGCAGCUACCAAUGGAAAUGGCACCGAUCCAGACGGCAUUAAUGACACAUCACUGAACUCGUCUGACGACAAGGAUAAAACACCGCCACGAAGGGGAUUCUUGUUCGCAUCUGGUCGCAAAUCGUCUUCGCCGAAAGACAAGGAACGCGAAAAGCAGGAGAAGCUCGAACGCGAAAAGGCGGAAAAAGAAAAGAAAGCAGCCGAAAAGGCAGCAAAACUCGAAAAGGAAAAAGCUGAAAAGGCGGAAAAGGAAAAAGCGAAGAAAGAAAAGGCAGCAAAGGAGAAGGGAGUUAAAGUAGCAACGCCUGUCGUACCCGCCGCCGCAUCAAAAGAUGACGACAAAAAGAAGAAAGAUCAGGAAAAACAGUCGAAAGCUCCCGCAUCGCCGAGUCACACGAAAGAAUAUGUUUAUGAGGAACACGAACCAAGCUCCCCAUCAGCGAAGGACAUUUCAACGCGCGGUUUCCGCUACGACGAAGACCCCUCGAAACGCAAAACGAACGACGAACAAGGUCAAAUGAGCCCAACAUCCGAAGGACGCAAACAAAUUGGCAUCGCUUUCAACUACGUACCCGGCGAAGAGGAUAAAUUGAAGGAAAAAGCAGAUCAACGUGCUUCAUUGUCCCCAAAAACGCGCGAAAAACUCGACAAAGGACAACUUUCGCCCAAAACACGCGAAAAAUUGCUGAAAGAAGGCAAUUUAUCGCCAAAAUCCCGCGCGAAAUUAUCCGCUUUCAACACCGAACAUCCCGAACACAAAAAAGAUUCAAAAUCCUACUCGCCUGCGAAACCCGGGCAACACGAAACUCCCGGAACAGGCACUUACAAAACGAUCGAUCCAACUGCGGCAUUCCUCGAAGGCGAACGUUACGACAAAGACAAGUCUUCGCCAGCUGGAAAAGGUCCCGUUACUGACGCCUUGACAGCUGGAGCUGUCGCUGCGGGCGUUUUGAAGCCCGAAAACACGAAAAAACGCGUCAAAAUCAUGGUCAUCAUCUCGAAAGUCGAUCCCAAGACAAAAGUAGUUGACACCGUAAAUGGCGACGUUGAGCAUUCGAUCGGCGUUCAAGACGAAGAUGACAAAGUCGAGACGAAAUACGGCGUAAUUGACUUGAAACAAUGCACAAUUGAAGUUGUCGACCCCGAAAGUGGCGAAAAGAAGAAGUUCAAGGGCGUUUCCGAUCCGAAAACGAAACAGCUGACCUUCAACAUGGGCGGCGUCGUUAAUGCCAAAACCAACAAACUCGACAAUUCCUUGGGACAAGUCGUCAGUAUUGCAUCGCAAGACACACAACUGGUCGAAGUUACUUCAAUUCACGGAAAAUUGGGCGAAAAUGGAAAAAUUGACACCGAACAGGAAGUUGAUGUUGAAACCACGACGGGAUAUUUGAACGAAAAUGACGGAACAAUCAAGACAAAAUAUGGUGUCAUUAAUUUGAAGACAUGUGCGGUUCAGGUACCGACUGGCGAAAAGGGCAACAAGACAAAAACUGUGGAAAAUGCUUUGGAUCCGCUCACGGGACAAGCUUUCAUCAAAGACGCGGAUGAAAAGCACGGCAGAUUGGUGUCGUUUGGAGCGCCAAUUGACCCGAUUGUCGAAAUUGUCACAGUUUCGGGCAAAAUCGAUCGCAAGAACGGCAUUGACAAGAAAGGAGCGGCAAUUGAUUGUUCCAGCGGGCAAAUUGACCUUGAAAAUAACAAGAUAAAUACGAAAUACGGGCAAUUUGAUCUCGAAAAACACACAAUUGCCGCCCCGAAUCCGAAAUCGGGCAAAGUUGAGGUCAAAGAGGCAUUCGUUGAUCCUUCAGGGCAGAUUGUCUUGAAGAAUCAAGUGAAUCCGAAGAGCAACAAGCCCGAUAAGGACUAUGGUAGAGUGCUUUCCUUGCGUAUCGUGCAGAAUAAAUGUGACAAUUCGGGUAAACCUGUGCUUGCGAACGAAUCGCCGAACGACGUAAAGGUAAAUGCCAAAACGAACCAAAUUUGGGUCCCCAUUGGCAAGAAUCCGAAAGACAACGAAACGAUUUAUGCUGCGAAUCAUGUCGACAAGUACGGAAAUAUCACCGUUAUUUACGGGUAUUUCAAUCCGAAGACGAACGAAGUCGAAAAAACGACAAAACUCGAUGAAAGUGUCAAAGUUGAUCCCGUUUCAGGGCAAGUUUAUACCGCAAUUGGCGAAGUUGACGAAGCCACGGGAGAACCUUUGUACUCGGCAUCUCAAGUUGACAAGGAAAGUGGCGAAGUUUUGACGAAAGUUGGCAAAAUUGACCCCAAAACAGGCAGACUUGUCAUUAUUCGCAUUCUUGUGCUCACGAAACGCGAUGAACGAGGUCGUCCCCAAGAACUUGACCCCAAAACUGUUGAAAUCAAUCAAAGUGGUGUCAUUAAUAAGACCGUUUAUGUGUACAAAAUGGUCGAUCCUGUAACCGGAAAAACGAUUCAAGUUGAUCCAAAUGACCCGCGGAUUGCCGGCGCUCGUACAACUGUCACGCAAACCCUCACGUUGAGUGGCGAAAUUGAUCCCGUAACAGGACGCAUCAAGACGGAAUGGGGACAUAUUGACCCGUCGACGGGCGACAUUGAUCCAAAUACCGCCGUUCGUGAUCCCGUCACGGGAAAACUCAUUCUCAACUAUGCCGAUAUCGAGCCAAGUCACUUUGGCAAAGAUGUUCACGUUACGAAAGAAACUGUUCCCAUCACAAAAGAUCAAUUUUACGAAGGCAUCAAGCACAUUGGAGGAGAUGCCCUGAAACGCGAUUCGGAUGACGACAUGGACGAGUAUGGGAGCGAAAGUAUGACAAAAGCGACAAAAUCGCCGCAAGUUGUGAAAACGACGACGAAACAGGUCAUGACGAAGGGAGAUGAUGGCGUUACGCAUAACGUCGAAGAGCAAGUACAAAAUUUGGGAACUGGCGAAAUCACGUAUUCAACGCAAGAACAUAAGGCCGACGCUCCGAAAGACGCCUCGGGUGCAUAUGUAACUGCGACUGCAGUAACGACCCGUACCGCAACGACGCACGAAGAUUUAGGGACAAAAGCAAAGACGCAACAGCUCGAGGAGAAGACAAUUGCCACAACUACCACACAACAUGUCGGGCGACAAGAACAAAGGGUAGUAACUCAGGAAGUUAAGACCACAGCGACCGUAACGAGCGACGAUCAGUACAAACGACGAGAUAGUGUCUCAUCGACAAGCUCUGGCGAUUCCGGAACUCCAAUUGAUGGACCUUACGAUCCAACUGCAACGAAAAAAGCGAUUCACGAUAAAUCUUACACGGGCGUUCCUCAAGUCAGUACAACAACGGAAGUGUUAUCGGGACCAAAUGUCGAAGAGCGUCACGUUUUCAUCGAGGGUGAAGGACCAUUCGCUGAGGGAGAAAUUGUAUCGACACAAACGGUCAGCAGUAAGACAAGAACUGUAGAAACCAUUACCUACAAAACCGAACGAGAUGGAGUAGUAGAAACACGCGUUGAACAAAAAAUCACAAUUCAAUCCGACGGCGAUCCAAUUGAUCAUGACAAAGCAUUGGCUGAAGCUAUUCAAGAGGCAACUGCUAUGAACCCCGAUAUGACAGUUGAAAAAAUUGAAAUUCAACAACAAGCACAGCCUUAAACACUUAUGAUGACUACUACAAAUUUUCAAACAAUCACAAAUUUUGCUUUUAAUCGAUAAACAUUAAUAUUAGAUGACUUUCAUGUCACUCUCUGAGAAAAAAAAACAAACAAGAAAAUUUUUAACAAUUCUAAAAAAAAUACUAUUUGGUGUUGAAUCAAACAGCGCAACAAAAAGCUCCUAUUUUAAUGUACGUCAAGUAGCUACAAAGAAAAAAUGUCUUGCUUCCUAAAAUAGUUAAAUUUUAAGAAAACUGCCAAUCUGUGGUAUUAAACGUACUCCUAAAGAAAAAAAAAUAAUAUUUAAAAAAACGGUUUUAAAAAAAUUAAUGUGAUCAUUCAUUAAAAAUACAAAAAAA